AUGGAAUCCUUAGGAGACGAGCCAUGGGACGUAGUGAUCUGCGGCACGGGACUGCAGCAGUCGCUACUGGCUCUAGCUCUCUCGCGGUCGAACAAACGCAUAUUACACGUUGACCCGAAUGACUAUUACGGCGAGCAUGAAGCUGCUUUUAGUCUACAAGAGGCGGAUGCUUGGGCUGCUACACAUGGUGAAGAACAUGCAACAACAGGGAAACAGCCUAUCUUCAAGAAUGCCAAAGCGUGGAAACAUGCAGAUGCGACAGAUCUAGGCCUAUCCUUCCCUCGAGCAUACUCACUAGCACUAGCACCCCAAAUCAUUCACACCCGCUCCAAGCUUCUAGAGCAGCUCGUGUCGUCUCGGGCAUACAGGCAAGUCGAGUUCCUCGCAGUCGGCUCGUUCUUCGUCUUCGAUGCAGAAGCAAACGAGCCCAAUUCGAAGCUAGCCCGAAUUCCCAGUAGCCGAGAAGAUGUAUUCGCUACACAAGCUAUACCGGUCAAGUCCAAACGGUCCUUGAUGAAGUUUCUCAAAUUCGUCAUCGACUACGACUCUGAGGAGCAGAAGGCUGUCUGGCAGGGCCAGGAAGAAAAAUUGCUACCGGAAUUCCUGGCUAGUGAAUUCAAACUAAGCGAGGAUCUGCAGAAGUAUAUCCUCGCUUUGACUCUGACGCUGGAUGGCCGCAUUACGGUGGCGGAUGGCCUGACUACAAUUAAUCGUCACCUUACCUCUAUGGGUCUAUUCGGUCCCGGCUUCUGCGCUGUAUAUCCCAAAUGGGGCGGCUCCUCGGAGGUUGCACAGGUGGCGUGUCGUGCAGGAGCGGUAGGUGGUGGCAUUUACAUGCUUGAUACCAAAGCAAAGGUUAGUGAUAGCUCAGAUGGCCACGAGAUCUCGCUUGAGUUGUCAAAUGGAAUAUCAGUCCGCACGACGAAGCUGGUCACCUCACAACAGGACGCUCUUCCUGGUGCACAAACCAUCACGCGGCUCAUCGCUGUAGUCAACUCGCCCCUCAAAUCCUUGUUUGAGAUUGUGGUAGAAGGCGCCCCGACCCCAGUUGUCGCUGUAGUAACCUUCCCAGGCUCAACAAAAGAUGACAGCCCAAUCUACAUAUUUGUGCAUUCCAAUGAAACAGGCGAAUGUCCCGCCGGUCAAAGCGUAAUAUACUUGACUACUCUAGCAAGUCCUCAAUCGGCACAGCGGCUCGAGUCAGCUCUAAGCGAUCUUCUGACCGCUGCUUCUCCCGAGGGAAGUCCAAUCCCUGUAUGUUUGUAUAAGCUACAGUAUGAGCAAUCCCUCAGCACGCGAGAGUCCUUAAGCGUAACCCGCGAGGAAACUCGCACCUUCGCGUUCCCAUCACCACCUCUAAACCUUUCUUUCGACGACGGUUGUCUAGGCCCAGUUAAAGAUGCCUGGAAAUUAGUUAUGGGCGAUACCGUCUCGGGAGACGAGUACAUGGUGUUCGAAGACCGCGAGGGUGUAGGCGAUGAUGAAGAGGUUUACGAUUAG